GCUGGGUGGCCCCGGGAUGCCUGAGGAUCAGGAGGGGAAACCAGCCCGACGGGCAAGCCAGAGUGGAAGGAGCUGUCCUCGGUGUCAGAGCUCAGCUCCUCAGGCAGCCAUGGGCAUCCCCAGGACCUUCCUGCUGUGCCUCCUCGGGAGCGGCCUCUGCCUGACAGGCUCCCAAGCCCUGCAGUGCUACAGCUUUGAGCACACCUACUUUGGGCCCUUCGACCUCAGCGCCGUGAAGCUCCCCACUGUCUCCUGUCCUCAGGGGUGCUCUGAGGUGAUCUUGUCGCUGGAUACUGGAUACCGCUCCCUGGUGACAAUGGUCCGGAAAGGAUGCUGGACGGGCCCCACCACAGGCCCCAUGAACUCCAACCAGGACGCCCUGCCGCCCGAUUACGCGGUGGUCCGCGGCUGCGCCACUGACUUCUGCAACACUAACCUCAGGACCCACGACGCCCUCCCCAACCUGAGCACAGCGCCUGAUCCACCGACGCUCAGUGGCACCGAGUGCUACGCCUGCUUGGGGACCCGCCCAGAAGACUGUUCCCCUGAGAGCUCCCGCCGGGUCCAGUGCCACCAGGACCAGAGCGCCUGUUUCCAGGGCAAUGGCCGGAUGACCAUUGGCAACUUCUCGGUGCCUGUGUACAUUCGGACCUGCCACCGGCCCUCCUGCACCACCAUGGGCACUACCAGCCCCUGGACGUCCAUCGACCUGCAGGGCUACUGCUGUGAGGGCCACCUCUGCAACAGAAACUCGGUGACACAGACCCUCUCCGAUGUCACAUCCACAGCCCCUGCCAGGGCUCCCCAGAGCCUGACCCUGCUGCUGCUCGCUGCUCCACUACUGCUCAUGGCUCUGGGGGUGUCCCUUGGGCUCCAUGAAUAGACAGCACCUCCAGGAUGGCUCCUCUUCUCCACCACUGUGGCCCCUAGUGUGGACUCCCUUAAAAAUGACAUGAAAAUAAGAACCACACUCCUGUCCCUCCCGCCACAACCUUCCGUUCCACUCUCCAUCCCUCCUGCUAAAGGCCCAUAUACCCAGAAUGCAUCAGCGCAUUGAGUCAGGCCCCUUGAGAUCUAACCAGCUGUCAGGUGCGGCUCCCUAGGCACCUAGCCUUCAAGGCAUGAGCUUUUCGUGACCUCUCACAGCAAACUGUGCCACUCAUCUUAGAAGCCCAUUU